AUGUCUGCUCCUGUCGCCAUUUACGUCUUCUUACUCGUCAUAGCCACCCUAUCAUUGGCCAACCACGGGUUAGGCCCCCCUGAGACAACUUUCCACGGCAUCGGCCGCAAGGUGAAGACAGAAGUCUUCUGGCUUAGCGGAAAAGUGACCGUUCCAAAGUUCCUGCCGCCUGGAUCCAAUGUGGCCUCUGUGUGGCCUGGCUUGCAAAAAGACGGAGUGGGGAUUAUGGAAGGAGUUACGGAAAAGCUUCGGAGCCUACUUCAAGGACGAAACCCAAAGACAAACAAAGAACCGAUGUGGCUUAUUGGGGGCGAUUAUUACAAGGGCAAGACAUUUUCGCAGGGUACCUUCAUGGUAGACGGCAAUAGUGUCGAUCCUGGCCAGAUGGUCCCGUUCGAUCUCAGGUACAUUAGGGAGUUUCAUGACUGGGUCGUCACCGUAGGCAGCUCUGAUGGUAACUCGGUUAGCUUCACCUACUCUCCUUCCCAAACAUUCGACUACAUUCUCUUCGCGGUCGGGCUUCAAAUUGGAGCGAGCUGGGAUUUUGGACCAGUCAUCUUUACAGACAUCACGAUAGCAGCCUAUGACAAGGACACCUUGUGGUGUACGCAAGCAUGGGACCAGUUUGGACUAACAACGAAACCUGGUGUUGUCGGUGCCAAGCCCAAAGUCUACAGUGACCACACCGAGUGCCAUAUCGAUAGUGUCACUCUUUAUUCCUGA